AUGACAUGCGUUAGCAUUGAUCAUAGAUUAAAACUCAAGCAGCCUCUACUCACAAGGGACAAAACAGUGCCUCCUGAUUUGCUAGCAAUGGGCUCUAAAUUUGCAUUUGCAUUUCUGCUGUUCUACUUCCUCAUGUCCUCUCAUUCUGUCACAUCUCAGACAAGUGGUAAUGUUAGCAUCGGCGAAUCCCUAGCUGCCAUGGAUCAGAAUCUUCCAUGGCUUUCUCCUUCCAAUGAUUUUGCAUUUGGGUUCCGCCAACUAAGUGACAACGAUGAUUUCUUCUUGCUUGCCAUGUGGUAUUACAAAAUACCCGACAGAGACAUAGUUUGGUAUGCAAAUGGAGAUCGAAAAUCCUGCACCGAGAGGAUCAAAGUUUGA